AUGUCUAAAUCUUUUGGACCGAUCUUUAAAGUACAUUUGGGACAACUUACUUGGAUUGUUAUUAAUGACCAUAAGAUAGCAAAAGAUUUAUUUGUCUCACGUGGUGCUACUUUUUCUUCGCGCCUGCAAUUUGGUCUAUCUGAUAUUCUCCUUCAUAACGGCAAAAGCGUAGGUCACUCUCCGAAUUCCAGCUGGUGGAAAACAAUGAGAACACUCGAAAUGCAAGCAAUUCGUCCUCACCUAAUCGAUAAUGUGUGUUUUCCAAUAAUAUCCUGUAACGUGAAAGGAUUUUUGCAACAAUUACAUUUGAAGUCUGGCAAUAAUAUUACUCAAAAUCCUACCGCUGAUAUUAGAUUUUGUAUUACAAAAAUACUAACGUCGAUUAUAUUUGGUGAAUUAGCGAAUGAUUCCGAUAAUUUAGAACGUUAUUCUUGUUUAGUAAAAAAGAUUAUGGCAUUUGCGGAUGUCAAAGGCACUCUACUAUCAGUAUUUAGCUGGUUAAAAUAUUUUGGUCUUCAAAAGAUCUUCGAGAGAGAAGCACGACAAUUAGUCGCAGAAAUGGAUGAAUUCUCUAAUGGUCUAUUACAACAAAUCAAGCAUCGAAUGAUCGAAAACGGACCAGAUUCCGAAACUUGUGUUUCCGCUGAAAUUUUAAAAUCGGUUACGGUCGACCCAUCAUUCGUCGCCUCUCCACAUGCACACGAAUUCAAAAAAGAUGAAAAUGGAAAAUAUAUAUUUGAUAAUUAUGAUGUGCUGACUAUUUGUAAUGAUUUAAUGAUUCCGGGAGUUUCCACAAUGAGUGGUGCUUUAGAUUGGAUUUUUGCUACUUUAGCCAAUCAUCCUAAAGUACAACGAAAAAUUCAACAGGAAUUAGAUAGAGUUGUUGGUAAAGGAAAGUUUUAUACUAUGGAUCAUAAUGCUGACUUACAUUAUUUGAAAGCUACUAUAAAAGAAAGUUUACGAUUUAGGACAGUUGUAAAUUUAAGUCCCCCACAUUGCAGCUCUCAGGAUGAAAUUUAUAAUGGAUAUCAUAUUCCCGCAAAUACUGGAAUCGUAAUUAAUUUCAAUGCGAUUCACUCUAACCCUCUACUUCAUGACGAACCACAUGAAUUUCGUCCUGAGCGAUAUUUGGAUGAAAAUGGACAUUUAAAAAAAUACGACGAGAUUCUUGAUCCAUGGUCAUUUAGUCGUGGACGCCGGACAUGCUUAGGAAUCAACUUGGCUUACUGUAAUAUGUUCACAUUUAUCGGUCAUACAUUAGCAGUAUUUGAUCUUGAAUUGGAAAAAGAUCUAUUUACCAAUGAACCGAUAAAGAUUAAUCUUGAUGCAGGAAUAGGCCACGAUUUCGAGUAUCUUCCACCAGAAUAUAAAUUAAUUUGUAAAGUUCGUGAAGGAAUUGAUAUUGAAGCUGCUUUAGCGAA